AUGACCAUGGGCGACUACGAAGAAAAGCUCUAUGCUUCUUUCCAGCCAUCAGAAGCCAAGCUUCUAACGUCGACCUCCAAUACUCAAAUGUUGAUGGAGAAUCCGAUUCUAGCAUCAGCAUUAUCAAAUAUUUUCCCAUAUUUACUACUUAUUGAUAAUUUAUUAGAAAUAAUCACUUGGACCAACGAAGACCCGUAUCAGAACUUCUUGAUAAUCGUUAUCUAUUCGGUUUUAGUUAUGUAUUGGCAAUUCAUCAAUUGUAUUAUCUUACCAAUUUUAUUUUCAAUUACAUUUUCCUGGAUUGUUUGGUCAAUUAGUUCGGUGAUAUAUGAUUCGAAAUUUAACGAGAAACCAACUAUCGAUGAAGUGUUGCACACUUUGCAUAAUAUAACGAUUAGAUUUGAAAUGUUGCUAAGACCAGUUCAACAUUUUGAAUUAAAAUUUAAAAAUUUUACGAAAAUUUUCUUAAUGGCCGCCAUUUUAACUCCCAUUCAAGUUGGAUUAAGUAAAAGCUUGAUACCUCCUCAAAAGUAUUUAUGGUUCUUGGGACUCUUCAUGUUAACCUAUCAUUCACCAUGGUCUUUUUCAAUAAGAAGAUUAUUAUGGAGAUCAAUCUAUAUUAGAAUAAUUACUUUUUAUUUAACUGGAUUGGAUAUUAAAUUGGACAAGCAAAAUCAAAACCAAUUCAAAAACAUAAUCCACAGUCCUUCAACAAGUGAUAUUGAGGAAGAUUUGAACGAUUCAAAUUCAAAUAAAAUUCAAUUAUUAACCGAUUUCAAAAUCUUGAAGAAAAUUAUCGCUUCUCCAACUAGAUUGAAACAAAUCGUCCUCUUUGAAAUCUUGGAAAAUGAAAGAAGGUGGUUCGGUAUUGGCUGGUCGAAGUUCUUGUUACCCCACGAUAAGCCAACGUUUUGUUUUGAACAAUCGGGUCUAGUUGCUCCGGACCCAAACCUGGAUCUCGAUUUCCCUUUCCCCAUCUUCGAAAACGACUUAUAUACCUAUCUGUGGAAUUGGUGUAACGAAGACUGGUGCUUAGAUUUGGAAUUCAACAAAUCUAAAUCAAGUGACGGCUGGACUUAUUUCGAUAAUAAUUGGGAUUCUCCAGGCUAUCAAGAUGGAUUUUCCAAAUACACCCGUUCCAGAAAAUGGACCAGAAAAGCAGAACUCUACAUCGAUAAACAAGACACCGUUCUUGAUGAAUAA